AUGUCACCUUCAAUGUCUUUUUCACGGAAAAUCGUUGUUGUCAUGUUUGUUUUGGCCAUGAUCACAUGUUCCCCUGCCAAAGCUAGCACCAUAGAGCAUUGCCUAAGGUUGAAAUUCUAUCCACCACCACCACCACCGCAAGCGGCCUUGGGACAUAGAUCCGGAUUUGAUUUGAGUCGCAUUGUUUGUCGGGAUGUUUUGCGUUCCGUGGGACAUUCUAUUAGAUCGUCGGGGAAAUUGCCUUGGCGUUACUUAGGUGCCCUUUGUAACAUUUUUGAGGACAAUGAGCAGAAAAUUGAAGGUUACAUUAAAGAUACCUACAAGGCACGUGAUAUUGAUAGAUUAAUUGAUGGUAGAUCUUGUGCUAUCAUUAGAAAGAAGCUACACCCUAUAUCACCUUUAUCUUUGCCUAGGCAAUAG